AGAAUUACGGGAAGCCAUUAAAUAUCAGUAGAACUGGUUUGGAGAUUUUGGAGACAACUGCCAGUAAACAGCACCAAGCCAUAUAUAAAUGAGAUGGACAGGUAUAGAUCCAGGGGAAACUAAGGAGUGAAGAACAAGAGCAUUGCAAUCACAUUAUUCUGCACAACCUCAACCACUGAUAUCAGCAGCUGAGAGGAGUGGGCCCUCCUGCUUGUGAGAGAGACCAGGUGUAGCAGUCACCAUGGGCUUUGCCGUCUGUGUGUGUGUGCUAUCCGCACUGAUGCUGAUGAUGGGUGAACUGUCAGCAGCACAAGGUUUCUCAACAACUUCAACAUCUCCAUCGAGUACAACACUAACUACAGCAGCAUCUCCAGAGCCAACAACUGAAGAGACAACAGCUACUUCUGUGUCAACUGCAGUACAGUGGUGGCUGGUGACUGGUGAAGAAGCAGAGGAAGGUAGUGCAGAAACAUCUCCAGAGCCAACAUCAACAACAACUGAAGAGACAACUGUCUCUGUGUCAACUUCAGCACAGUGGUGGCUUUUAGAAGAAGAGGAAGGUAGUGCAGAAACAUCUCCAGAGCCAACAUCAACAACAACUGAAGAGACAACUGUCUCUGUGUCAACUUCAGCACAGUGGUGGCUUUUAGAAGAAGAGGAAGGUAUGUGGCUUUUGAAAUUGUAA